ACUCCUACUCAGAGUCACACUACACAGGCAGUAGAGUAAGAUAGCCACCUCGAUAAGAAUAGGAUCAAUGGAGCCGAGGAGGACAGCAAUGUUGGCCAUGGUAGGCCUGGUCGCCGCGGUUGUUUCCACCACGGCCUUGUCUACGGCGGCACCGUCCUUGAUCUCUAUGCCCAACUCCGACCGCCCCUCCUAUGACUUCCACGACGAGUCAUGUCCGAACCUGCGGCAGAUGGUGCAUGACGCCGUGGAGGAAGCAAUCAAGGAGGAUAUCGGUGUUGUCGCCGGCCUCCUCCGCGUCAUGUUCCACGACUGCUUCCCACAGGGCUGCGAUGCGUCGCUUCUACUGUCUGACAAGUUUUGGAGCGAGCUUAACAUGCCUCAGAACAGAGGAAUCAGAAGGAACGCAGUGUAUCUCAUCGAGAGCAUCCGCGUCAAGGUUCAAGACGCCUGCGGUCCAACCGUCUCCUGCACAGACAUCAUGAACCUCGCCACCCGCGAGGCCGUGAUGCACUUCGAGGUGCCAGGCUACGAGGUGCCGCUCGGACUACUGGAUAGCCGCGCGCCCGCUCCAAGAGAUAAUGUUGAGCAGCUGCCGGGGCCCGACUUCAAUGCUACCCAGCUCAUCCAGUCCUUCAAAACUCGCGGUUUCGACAUCACCGACGUCGUGGCUCUCUCCGGCGCGCACACGAUCGGGAGGUCAAGCUGCGGCAGCUUCAAGAACAGGUUUGGAGAGAAUGCCGACUUUGUUCGUUGGCUCCAAGGCACCUGCGCCAGAAACCCUAACCACCUGCAGGACCUGGACGUGACCACUCCUGAGAAGUUUGACAACGUGUACUACAACAACCUGAAGGAGGGGAAGGGGGUGCUCAACUCCGACAUGGCCCUCACACGCGAUGCCAACACAAGUUGGCUAGUCGACGGCUUUGCACAGGACCAAGGGUGGUUCUUUUCCCAGUUCGGCACCUCCAUGAGGAAGAUGGCACAUUUGCCGAGUGAGUUUGGAAAGAAUGGCGAGAUCCGCAAGUACAGCUGCUUCUGGGCCAACUUCCGUGGCCCGGAGGGGCCUACUGCUGACCUCGCGGCAUCAGCUUGAGAUCCCAUCAUAUGUCGUCAACGGCCUUACAUGCGUGCAUGCAAUAAGAGCUAGCUAGCUUAGCUAGAAUCCUCGUGUGGCGUUUAUGUCUCCAUUUCAAUAAAUUUAUGUUUCCCUACGCUCUAUACUUCGGUUCGCUGAAUAUUGUACCGAAGCAAAAGUGUAAUAAAAAACUACACAUUUUCUUUGGA